AUGGACCUAGACAAUGACGGCUUCAUAUCAGAAGAUGAAAUGAGAAUGUGGUUGAAAAGUGUGGCAUCGAAAUACGUCGACCAGGAUGUUAGCCGAACAUUUGAUGAGUAUCGCAAUGAGUUUAAGACUAGUUAUGUAACUUUUGAGCAGCACAAAAACAAAAUAUCCGAUGAUUAUGAGGAGGGAGAAGAUUCAGAUGAUGGCGAGCUCCAACAGACGAUUACUCGUGACAAAAGGCGUUUUGAAAAGGCAGAUACAGAUGGUGAUGGAAAGCUCACGAAGGAUGAAUUUGCAGCUUUUUUGCAUCCGGAAGAAUUCGAACAUAUGAGGGAUAUUGUCAUUGACGAAACGCUCGAAGAUCUUGAUUCAAAUAAAGACGGCCGUAUCGAUUUGGAAGAAUAUACUAAGGACAUGUGGGUUGAUGAAUCGCAGUCUCCUCCAGAGUGGGUGAAGACUGAGCAGCAGCAGUUUAGAGAGACCCGCGAUAAAAACAAGGAUGGUUAUCUUGAUCGGGAAGAAAUUCACGCCUGGCUCUUCCCUGCUGACUAUGAUCAUAUCGAAUCCGAACUGAAGCACCUCAUGUCGGAGACUGACGAUGACCAGGACGGAAAGUUGUCAAAGGAUGAAAUACUGUCGCAUUAUCACGUGUUUAUUGGGAGUCAAGCGACGGACUUUGGGCAGGCGCUCUAUUCCCACGACGAACUCUGA